AUGCAAAGCAGGAUUAUUGCUAUUAUUUCUUUUUCUGUUACUUAUUUCCGCUAUCCAUUACUCCACCAUACUUUAUCAUAUUUCUCCGCUUACUCUUUUCCUAUCCUUCAUUCUCUACUGUAUCUUCCUUUCUUUUCUUUUUUUUUGGUCUUUUUUCACACUCCAGCCAUUCAUAUUAUUCUUUGGCCCAUCAUCUUUAUUCUUUUCGUUUACAACAAUAUUCUUUACCUUUUCCAUUUUCUUCUUUCAUUUAUUUCUCGUUCGCUUUCACUUCUUCAUCAACUUAGUUUUUCUUUUCCGUUAUUUUUCUUUUGGUCUUCGGAUAUCUUUUUGUUCUCCUUCACCUCCGCUUUCUUCUUUGCUCCAUCUCUCCUCUUUCUUCUUAAUAUUCUUCUUCUUCUUCUUCUUCUUCUUCUUCUUCUUUCGUUCAAUCUCUUUUUCUUCUUGUUUCUCAUCCUUAUCUUCUACCCUUUACUCCUACCCUUCUUCCUCUUCUUUACUUUUCUCUUUUUCUUCCGUUCCCCCUCCUCUUUGACUAUCAAUUUUAUUGUCCAUACAUUUGUUCUUCCUUUUUUCUCUUUUUCUUUGUUUUCCUCUUUCUUGUCUCUUCGUUUCCUUUUUCUCUCAUUUCCUACUCCCCCUUCACAUUUUCCUUCUCUCUUUCAGCGUCUUAUCCCUUUUGUUUUUCUCUUUUCUUGCUUCACCACCCACUUUCAUUCAUUUUCCUUCCUCGUCGCUUUUCCAUCUUCAUUUCUUUCUUUCAUCGUCCUGAUAAUAUACAGUCCUGGGUAUGACAAUAAACAUCAUCCGGCAGCAUGA